GAAGUCGCUUCAGAGCUCUUACCACUUGUCAGCAACCAUUAGACUGUUCCAGCGAUUUUCACGGACUUAUGUAAGAGAGAGAGAACAUAAACAUAAACAAUAGAACAAACGGAAGAGAAAGCGAGAGAAAGACAUAACAAUGAGGCUUUUCCAUUUAUAGCUUGGAGAUUUUCUUUCCAGGGUCUAGAUAAGUUUUAUUCAAAAUAAAGGUUUAAUCUUUAAUGUUAUAGCGACCACAUACGACAAUUCUUGUUUUUGUUUCUGGGUCUCUCUCCCUUCUUCUCUGUUUCCACCUCUUCUUCUUAUUCUUCUCUUUCUCUCUGUUUUGGAGGCUGUGUGAGCCUGCUGUUGUUUAUUUUCAUGGCAACUGCUGCGGGUAGAAACCAUCAUAAAUCUUCUAGUAACACUAUUAGUCAAUGGUAUGCGUGUGUUCCCCUUCAUCUUCCCUCAUUUGGGGAGAACGGGAAGGAACUUUGUCAAUCAUCAGGGAGAUCUCAACGAGCAGAGACUCCUCCACCAACACCAAAACAUAAAAAAUUUAGCAAAUUACUUUCUUUUGCUGGUUCUACUCAUGACAAGGAAAAGGAAAGACAAGAUGGAUAUUCUCCAACAGGAGUUAUAGAAGCCUGCCUAGAAGGCUUGGAAUCUACCUCCAUCCCUCCUGAUAUUCCCAAGAAAGAAGCACAAGCUAGUUCUUCAAAAUCAAGAGCACAGUCUCAUUGGGGUAGAUUCAUUAGAUUAUGGAAAAAGAGGUCACUAAAGCACUUGAACUUCUUCAGUCCUCUCCCUAUGCCAAAACUACCAAUAAGAAAGAGCAGAAGCUCAAGAGAGAACCCAUUACUGAGAGAUUUAUAUAAGUUCAAGUCUUCAUUGGAGGAUUUCACACUUUCUCAGCUUGAAGCAGCAACCAACAAUUUUAGCCCUGAAAACUUGAUUGGAAAGGGCGGUUUUGCUGAGGUCUAUAAGGGUCGUCUGCGAAAUGGAAAGCUAGUAGCAAUAAAGCGGUUGACUAAAGGAACUUCUGAUGAACAAACAGGAGUAUUCCUAUCUGAGCUUGGGAUUAUGGCCUAUGUUGAUCAUCCUAAUACUGCUAAGUUGCUUGGUUGUGGGAUUGAUGGAGGGAUGUUCCUUGUUUUCGAAUUGUCUCCACUGGGGAGUUUAGGAUCUGUUCUCCGCGGUUCACAAGUCAAGCUUGAGUGGAGUAAAAGAUGUAAGAUUGCAUUAGGGACAGCUGAUGGAUUGAUGUAUCUUCAUGAGGGUUGUCAAAAGCGAAUCAUCCACAGAGAUAUAAAGAUUGACAAUAUUCUUCUUACGGAAGAUUAUGUGCCUCAGAUUUGUGAUUUUGGCCUUGCCAAGUGGCUGCCCAGGCAAUGGACUCACCACAAUGUACAAAAAUUUGAAGGCACAUUCGGCUACUUUGCUCCUGAAUACUUUAUGCAUGGCAUAGUUGAUGAGAAAACUGAUAUAUAUUCGUUUGGUGUUCUACUUUUGGAGCUCAUAACCGGACGCCCGGCUAUCGAUCAUUUACAGCAAAGCCUUGUGGCUUGGGCAAAGCCUUUCCUUGAUAACAAUGAUAUUAAGGAACUUGCUGAUCCUUCUCUUGGUGGUAACUAUGACCCUGAAGAGAUGGACCGAAUAGUUUUGACUGCCUCUUUGUGCAUUGAGCCAUCUCCUAUUCUUCGUCCUCGAAUAAAUCAGGUUGUGAUACUUCUAAGAGGCGACGAAUAUGCAAAAAGAUGUGCAAAAGAACGCAAGAAGAAGUCUUUCCAAAGAACUUACUCUGAAGAACUGCUGGAUGCACAAGAAUACAAUUCAACUAAGUAUCUGAAUGAUCUCAAACGACAUAGGGAACUUGCUCUAGGGUGUUGAAUUGUUCAAAAGCAAAAGAAUCUUAGUUCCCUUGAGAGAAAUAAUACCGGUACUAGUUAUUGAUCUUAGUUUCCUUGGGAUUUGCAGUUUCAAGAAGGUUUUGAAACUCCUACGGAAAUAAAAUCAUACCCCAAGAUUUCUGUUUUACAUGGCAUUUGAUUGAAAAAUGAUACUCAGUUAAGUACGGAUUUCAAAUUCCAUAUAAAACAUGUUGAACUGGUUUUCUUUCCAUAUGUGAAAAAAAGCACCAGAUCAUCUUCUUC